UUUCAGUUUGCCGCUGGAACGCAACGGAACGCAUUUUGGAGAUCGUGGGACAUCUAAUUAUAGAAAAAAUACUGAUCGGUUCGUUUAUGGUUAACUAGACCGUCCGUCCGUCGUCGAACAUGAACAAGAACCUCGGCUUUGUGGAGCGCCUCCGAUGGCGCCUCAAAACCAUCGAGCAUAAAGUCCAGCAGUAUCGCCAGACCACCAAUGAGACCAUUGUUGCCGACACCGAGUACGGCAAAGUGAGGGGUCUGAAGCGUCUGUCCAUGUACGAUGUGCCCUACUUCAGCUUCGAGGGCAUCCCCUAUGCCCAGCCACCCGUUGGCGAGCUGCGCUUCAGGGCCCCCCAGCGACCCACCCCGUGGGAGGGGGAAAGGGACUGUAGUCAGGCGAGGGAUAAGUCCGUCCAGGUGCAAUUCGUUCUCGAUAAGGUAGAGGGCUCUGAGGAUUGCCUCUAUUUGAAUGUCUAUACCAAUAAUGUGACCCCCGAUAAGCCACGCCCUGUUAUGGUUUGGAUACACGGCGGUGGCUUCAUCGUUGGCGAAGCCAAUAGGGAUUGGUAUGGACCGGACUACUUUAUCAAGGAAGACGUUGUUCUGGUGACCAUUCAAUAUCGCCUGGGAGCCUUAGGUUUCCUUAGCUUAAAGUCCCCCGAGCUGAAUGUCCCUGGCAAUGCGGGCCUCAAGGAUCAGGUGAUGGCUCUCAAAUGGAUCAAAAACAAUUGCGCCAACUUCGGUGGCGAUCCCAAUUGCAUCACAGUGUUCGGCGAGAGUGCCGGAGCUGCCUCCACCCACUACAUGAUGAUCACUGACCAAACGCAGGGUCUCUUCCAUCGCGGCAUCCUGCAGUCGGGCAGUGCCAUCGCACCUUGGGCCUACAAUGGAGACAUCACCCAUAACCCCUAUAGAAUAGCCAAACUGGCUGGCUACAAGGGCGAGGACAAAGACAAGGAUGUGCUGGAGUUUUUGCAGAAUGUAAAGGCCAAAGAUCUGAUACGUGUCGAGGAGAAUGUUCUAACUUUGGAGGAUCGCACGAAUAAGAUAAUGUUUGCCUUUGGCCCAUCGCUGGAGCCCUAUACCACCCCCGAUUGUGUGGUGCCUAAGGCCCCCAUCGAAAUGAUGAAGACCGCCUGGAGCAAUACCAUACCCAUGCUGAUAGGAAAUACAUCGUACGAGGGUCUACUGUGGCUGCCAGAGAUAAAAAUGCUGCCACAAACGGUGAAGCAGGUGGAUGCUGGCACUCCUUUCAUACCACGUGAAUUGCUUGCCACGGAGCCCUCAAAGGAAGCGAUAGAACUGUGGGGCUCGAAAAUACGCGAUGCACAUCGUACCGGGGAUGCCGCCACCGCCGAUAACUAUAUGGAUGUUUGUUCACUAUUUUACUUUGUUUUUCCUGCAUUGCGUGUGGUGCACUCUCGUCAUGCCCAUGCCGCUGGCGCCCCUGUGUACUUCUAUCGGUAUGAUUUCGAUUCCGAAGAGAUUAUAUACCCUUAUAGACUUAUGCGCUUUGGUCGCGGGGUCAAGGGUGUGAGCCAUGCCGACGAUUUGGGCUAUCAGUUCAGCAGCCUACUGGCCCGUCGUCUGCCCAAGGACAGCAGGGAAUACCGGAACAUCGAGAGAACCAUCGGCAUAUGGACACAGUUCGCGGCCACGGGCAAUCCGUAUAGCGAAAAGAUCAAUGGAAUGGAUACGCUGACAUGGGACCCAGUACGCAAAUCCGAUGAGGUCUUCAAGUGUCUGAAUAUUAGCGAUGAGCUGAAGCAUAUUGAAUUGCCCGAAUGGCCUAAAUUGAAGGUCUGGCAGAGUCUUUACGCGGAUAAUAAGCAGCUACUCUUCUGAGGAGCUGGAACUGGGAGGCGAGGGUAUAUCUUAUAGCACUUCAGUAUCUGAUAUAGACAGAUAUAAUAAAGAUAGUUAAAUGGAAUGUUUAA